GACGUGAUGGAAAUAAUUGCUAACCCAGUCGACUGGCAAGUCUUUUCCUCCGAAUUAGUUCAUUCCGGAUAAUACGACAAGGUUUCUCUGGAUUUAGCAUUGCUCAUAUCCCCAUGGCUAGGAAUCUGGUCAAUGACAUCAGUUAUUUAGCAUUGCUCAUAUCCCCAUGGCUAGGUUUCCUCCGAAUUAGUUCAUUAAAAUUUCAUUUUCUUAAAUUAGUUGAAAAUACAGGUGAAUGACAUCAGUUAUUUGGGUUUCUAAUGUCGAAAAUCGACCAUGAUCAUUCUGCAGCAACAAGAAAAAAGCUUCAUAAGAAAUCGCAGAUGAAUAACAACCAAAGAGCUUAGGUAAUUCCAUGUUAUAAGGAUAUCCUGAAGUGAACUUGUAUCUUCCAAUACUAGAAUCCACUUAUCCAAGAAAAUUGGAAUAUAAGAGUCAAAUGCUGUUUUGUAAUUCAGAAGAUCAUGUUUUCUAAUUUUUCACACAACAAACUUAAUAUCGAAUAAAAACAUUUAAAAUAUUAGAUUUUUUUUAACACCUUAAAAUAUUAAUUUAAAAUUUUAAAUUAUGAUUCUCAUUUGACCUGGACUGAAGAUGACCAAAUCGGAUGAUAGCAAUUUUCUUAGUUUUGUUUACAAUAAUGAUUUGAAUCAUAACCAAAUGAGAUUCAAAAGAUUACCAAUUGAUUUCCUGGUGCAGUCCCAAAUCGAUCAGCCUUUUCUUAACUAUUUCGGAAAAUAACAAAUAUCAAUUUUUACAGAAUUUUACAAAAUAUAUUUAGAAUAAACAAAAAAAAACUUGAAUAAACAUAAAUAAAUAAAAAACUUUUCUGAUUUUAGGCUGAUUUGAGAAAAAUAAAUAGUUGUGGUUCAGUUCAAAGGAAUACUGUAGUCUAAUAUAUCAAAAAUGAAUAACAAAGUCGAUCCAAAUUCUCAAACCCAAAAUAUUUUGGCUAAUUAAGACAACAUCAUAAAAUCAUUUAAUUAUUUUAUUUAAUUCAUAUCAAUUAUAAACGAGUACCAUAAAACUUUAAAACAAAUAAAAGUAUACUAUUAGCCAGCUAUUAUAAUUUAGUAUAAAUAUUAAUGUCCUUGCUUAUGUUACCUAAUGUAAAUGGGGAAAAAAUGUAAUUAGCAUAGAGACAAAACACAACAGUUGAUGUUACCUCCAACUUUCCCCUACUAAUAUUGAUAUACAAUUUGAUCAAAAAAAAAAUAUUGAUAUACAAUAAACAUAUAAUUUUCAUGCCUGAUACAACGUGUAUGCAUGUGCUUGUUUGAAUAUGAGGAUUCUGCUCAGUGAACGUUCCAUAAAUUACUAAAUUAAUGAAAAAUUAAAUAUCCCAGCAUCUGAAAAGACUUCACGUGUGAUCAGAUCUCAAAAAGUCUCACGAACAAUACAAAGCAAACCACCUUUACAACUUGUCUAUCUCUUUAAUUAUAUAAAACAUCUCUACUCAAAAAUUCCUCACAAAAAAUGGACCAAAAAUAAAUUACCAAUGAAGAGAUUACAUCCAUCAAGAUCGGUCUCAGUAGCUCUCCUUCUGAUUUUGCUAGCUUUCUUUAGCAGAAAGUUUCACACAGAGGGACACAUAGAUUUUCAGAUAAGCAUGGAGAAAUCUAUUGGAGGUAGCUUACGAAGAAUCCCAAGAAGUCGAUACAGUCCUAUACAGAACAAGAGAGAUCCAAGUAGGAAACAGAAGAUCACAUCAAGAGAACCAUAGAUCUCUCUCUCUCUCUCUUUUAAGUUAGAUCUUCUGAGGUUUUUUGUUUGUUUGGGUUACAGAAUAGUAUGCAUACACUUGUUUGUGAAUGCUGCAGUGUAGAGUUUGAUACAUUUACUGUUUUAACUAGUUUACUCUGCCACUGUUUUUGAGUCAGGACUCAUUGUUUAAUGUUUAGACCUCUAAGUAGUGUUUACUGGAAUUUGUAGAUUCUGAAACAUUUUCAAGUUUCUAUUUAUUUACUUGAAUUCAAUAUGGAUUUUUAAAUAUCCAUGGUAUAUGUAUUUCUUUUUCCUUUUAUUUUAUAAAACUUCAAGGAUUUGAGUGGAAUGUUUAUUGCAUAUUCUGUAGAAAUCCUGGAGCAAGUUUAGCUACUCAUCACUAGAAUAACUAAUUCACAUACCGAUCAAACAAAGAAUUUUUUAAACUUCGUUUAACAUUUCCAUAUACUUCAGGCUCCACUUCUAAAUUCGCCUAAAAUGGGAAAUUUAAAUACAGCAGUAACCAACUAAAACUCCAUCGAAGCUAGAAGGUUUACUCUUUUCCAUUUACAAAAAAGCUUGGCUAUAAACAAAUACUUGGACAGAUUUUAAGAGAUACCCUAUCAUGGACUCGAGAUACUUUAUGUCUCUCUACAUUAUCAAAAUCUGUUUUUAGUUUUGUAAAUUGGUAAAUUAAAUUCUCAUUUUUUUGCCUUGUCUUUCCGUCUGACACAAGUACUUGCAAGAAGAGUUGAAGUCCAAGAUGAUUUGUGUUGCUAGGAUAAUCCAUUGUCUCCUUCAUCAUGAUUGUUCUUACUAUUUGUUCUUAGAACAAUUAACUAGACAUUUUGAUUUUAGGAUAAUUGGAAUAAAACGAAAAUGUGACUAAUUUUCGGAUCUGAAUCCUUCAGAGCAAGGUUGCUAGACACAACGAGAGUUGUCCUAAAUAACUUGCCAAACAUAUCGAAAUGAAUCUUAAUGCCUGUCUAAGGAAAUUGGUUACGCAGCGAGAGUUGGCCUUCGAAGAUGUAGACUUAGAUAGUUCGUCGCAACGAGAGUUUGACAACUGAUAACUGAAUUCAAGUUCUGGGAUUGAACUUAAUAAACCCUUAGUAACAAUUGAUAUGAGUUUUGAUUGCAUGUUUGAGAUCUCUGAAUCUAGCAUUUUCCCUAUAUGCCUACGAAGCGAUAUCUUUGUUCUGUUUGAUUUACUUCUUUCUAUUUAUGUUAUAGCUUUACCAAUAACUGUAAAUUUAUUGUGUUAUCCACGUUCCUUGUGAAUUCAAUCCCCAAGUAUUGCAAUUGACUUCUUAUUUAAAAGAGUGCUCUCGGGGUAAUGUGAGCAUAUCAUGUAUCUACAACAAGCAUUCUCCAUGUUGAUGAAAUACAUUAUGAAGUUCAAUCUGUCCAAAUGCUCCUUCAGGGUAAGUUCCUGGAAAUUUCUAAGGUACAUAGUUACACAUCAUAGUAGCGAGGCUAAUUCAGAACAAAUAAGAGAAAUCCAUGUGAUCACUUCACCAAAGAGCCCAAAAUAGGUUCAUAAACUAACAUCAAGAAUGGAAGCCCUACGUAGGUUCAUCUCACCACUAUCAGGCAAAUCUUUCAUCUUCUUCAAAGCCCCCAAAAGGCCAAAAUAAUUCAACUGGGUUGAAAAGUGUGAAAACGGUUUCACUAAGUUAAAAGAGUACCUUAAUACGCUUCCCCUGCUAUCAAAACCUUAUAAUGAAGAAAUAUAGUUGCCCUAUUUGGCGAUAUCAGAGUAUGCAGUGAGUGUCGUCCUGGUGCGAAAAAAAGAAAAUAGGCAAUACUAGGUGUGCUACGUCAUGUGCAAGUCAUUCCUUGAUGCAGAAAACGAUGCAAUCACCUUGAAAAGUUGCCUCUAUCCCUGGUCGUAGCAGCAAAGAAACUACACCCCUAUUUUCGGGUUCAUCUUGUUUUCGUGGUAACAUCUAUACCCUUUAAAGCAACACUCCACAAGCCAGAAGUAUCAUGCCGUUUGUCCAAAUGGGCAGUACAAAUCGAGAAUACAACAUAAUAUUCAGACCCGCCACAACCAUCAAGUCGCAAAUACUAGCCGACUUCAUGGCUGAAUUCUCCUCGACUAUUCUCCCUGCAGUGGAGGAAGAGGCAAACAUCCAUAAAGAUAAUAAUCAAGUAGGGGAAUGGAAACUCCACCCAGACGGAUCCAAAAACAUGAGAGGGGCAUGAGUAGGCAUCAUACUCAUCUCCCCAAUAGGAGACACGACAUCAAGAGCCAUUAUGAUGCAACUUCAAAACGACCAAUAACAAAAGCGAGUAUGAGGCUUUAAAAGUUGAACUCACCCUAACUAGAAAAAUGGGAGUAGAAAACCUUCAGGUAUACAAUGACUUGGAACUAAUCAUUAACCAAAUGCAGAGAGAAUAUCUGGCAAAAGAUGCAGUAUGGCUAGAUAUUUGGUGCUAGCCAAACGCAUGAUCGACAAGUCCAGAGUUGCAAUCUAACAAAAAUCAUGAAGGAACAAAACUCCCAGGCCCAAUGCCUUAGCAAAUCUUGGCUUCGUCUUGGAAACCAAAAGUUAGCUAAGUAUCUCCUUGCUCGUGCUCUAGUGGGAAGAAACGGAUGAGUAAUAUUUGCCAUCAAGAAAUCUCGAGGCUAGGAUGAUGGUGCUGUACGGGUGAGUUUUGGAAGGAUAAAUAUUUAUUCUCUGGGCAAGGUUGUUUAGUACACUUGAUGGAUAUGUAGGUUUAAUGGGAGCACAAAAUACAAGAGGUAGUCAAUCACCCUUUUAUGAGAAAUUUGAGGCCUUAAUGUGAAUGAUGGAAUGUAUAAAAAUUAUGCGACAAUUUCAAGUAAAUUGUACAACAUAUCGUUUUCAAUUGACUAAUAUGGUUUUGGAAUCAGAAAAAUGAUCUGUUUUUGCAACUUACUUGAAAGAAAUACCACAAAUAAAGGAAAGUUUCAGAAUAUCUGUGGUAUCUUAUAGUUAGAAGAAAGAGAAGCAAUCCUAUGGAAUGAAUCACAAGUGACAAUGCCACAAACGGACACACAAUUAUCAUCCAAUACGGCUGAUACCACACAAAUCUCCCCAAGAUUAGGAAUAUGGUGCUUUAUGGAUAAGUCUUGGAAGGAUAAUCUUUAUGCUCCUGGUAAGGUUGGUUUAGUACACUUGAAAGAUUUGAAGGUUUAACAGGGACGAGAGAUACAAGAGCUAGUAAAUCACUUUUGCAUGCGGAAUUUGAGGCCAUAAUCUGAGGGAUGAAAUGUAUGAAACUCUCCGACAACUUCAAGUGACUUUUGCGACAAAUUAUUCUCAUUUGGUAAAGAUGGUUUCUAAAUCAGAAGAAUGAUUUGCUUUUGCAACUUACUUGGAAGAAAUGUAACAGAAAAAUGAAAGUUUCAGCAUGUUCGUGUGAUCAUAUACGUACCCCGGACUCAAAUUCAAGGACGGACAAUAUUACACGAAGUGAUUGGACUCAACCAUCCUAUUUUGUUGACAUGUACACAAAGUUUUCAGAUUGCUUAGCAAAGUCUUGAAUGAGUCUUUUUAUGUUGAUGGUAAAAAAUUUUUUUUUAAUUCUGAUUAAAAAAUUUAUUUAAUACUUUAUUAAAUAUAGAAAAAUAAAUGAAUACUAAAAAUUCAAAAAUAAUAAAAUCAAAAAAUCAAAAAAUAUGUUUUUUUUAAUUUUGUCAAUAUUGUUUUCAAAAGAAAUUCAGAUUUUUUUUAACUUUUUUAAACGGUUUUUCUUAUAAGAAUUUUAAGAGGACCAUUCAUGUAAAAUAUUUUCUUAAAUCUGUAAAAAAGAAUUCUGAAUUCAGUAAUGCAUUCAUAAAUGUGUAAUUAGACGUUUUGAAUGUAACUUGUAUGUAUAUUUAGGAAGAUCUUCUUAAAUGUGUAUGCCAUUUCGAAAUACUAGAAAUGUUUUUCUAAAGUAUAUACUUACAAACUUGAUAUUCAUAUAUACAACAAUUACAAAUGUUUUCUAUAUUUUAUAAAGAUAUUACAUCUUUAAAAAUAUCAUCAAAUUUUUUAGAAAGAUGCUAUAUAUUCAGUGAUCUUUCCUAAAUAGGCAUAUAAGUUAAAUUCACCAAGAUAUCAUACAAAUUUAAGAAGAUUUUCCUAAAACUUUAAGAAUAUUUUAUACAUAUUCAAAAAUAUCUUACUAAAUAUAUCUAAUUCAAAUUUAGUAAGAUAUUAUUAAAUAUAUAUUCAUCAAAGCCUUCCUAACACAUAGUUAAAAUGUAUUUUAAAAAUACAUUUUUUCCAAAAUUGUAUGAAAAAUUACAAAUAUUUAUCAACAUUUUCCUAAAAUUUAGGACGAUAUUAUAUACAUUUAUUAAUGUUUUCUUAAAUAUGAAUAUAAUUCAAAUUUAGAAGGAAAUCACACAUUUCAGGAAAGUCUUCUGAAACUUUUUUUUAAUUAAAAAUUGCCUUUCAAAAUGAAAGAAAAUUUUGAAAAAAAAUUCAAAACGUUUUAAUUUGUUAAAAAAUAUUUUUUUUCUUUUAAUAAAUGGAUAUAAUUGUUAUUUACCUUUAGUAAAUAUUAUAUUGGUCAUUUUGAACCUUGUAUAUUAGUUAGGGGAUAAAACAUGUUUUAGAGUUAUUUAUGACAAUUUUAUUAUAUUUUUGAAACCAAACAAUUUUGAGUUAAUUUAUCAUAAAA